GGCGACCUUGCGUGCUGGCUAUGGCUAUGUAUAGCAGCAGCCGGGAACGCAUCGUUGCCCUGAGAAGCGGUAGUCUGAGCCAGUGCUGUGUUCCUCAUGUCGCGAUUCACCGGACGGCUGAGCAGAAUGCGACCUCGAAUCUGGCACGUAGCGCGUCUCUGCUGUGCCGCAGUCAGUCGUACAGCCGCCGAGGAGUCGUCUGCAUCUGGAUGUGUGCACGCGCGCAGUAUGCUGGACGGGCAAAUCGUAAUGCGGCUGGAUCUUGUAUGGAAUCGGAAUCGCGUGAGUGUCGUUUCCAGUGCAGAGCUGUUGUCCUCUUCCCAGGCCGUGCAUUUAUUACCUACGGACGAGUCGGUGGCGGCUGUCCUAGAAAGCUGUCGCCAGGGCCGUCUGCUCCAAGUUUCCAAAUAUGCAAGUCGAGAAGCGCUAUCCCGCUGGGGGCUCGCGGGAAAUUCUUGGACGUUGUUGGAGCCUUUGAGCGCCUCGCGACGUGGAUUAAGUUGGGCGUGGACUAGCUUCUGUGUAUGCACAAUUGUCUCGCUGUGCACGGCGCUGGCGUCUCUUGCGCGCCACAGGAAUCGAGCCAAUGUCGUCCAUGGCUCUCUUACGGGGAUCCGGGCUGUCCUUGAUCCUCCCGGUGUGUCGAAACAAGACAUUCUCCGCGCUCGAGCCAUCGCCAACGAGCGCUUGGUGCACGCCUUCGGGUUGACGAAUGCGUUUGUCAGCGAAGAUCUCUCGACGUACUCUGAAUUCGUCCACCGAACGGGGGGUCUCUUGCGGGAUUUCGACUGGAACAGGUUCGCGGAGAUCUCGCUCGAUGCCGUACGCCUAGGGCUGUCUGAUUUUCGGAUUGGUGAUGAGGCUGUUGCAUUCGACCGCUUCGUGCGUGUCGUCACACUCCGCGCCGUCAUCGCUGGGCUGCUCGCGCCAGACACAGACGUCGACGCUCUGGACUGCACUGAUCUCGAUACCACGGCAGCGCUGAUCAACGAUCUCUGGGUUCUUUCCAAAGAUGAGCGCAAGAUCCCGCCCGCCCUGCUGCAUACGCUACAGUGCAGUGUGCGGCGCCUGCUCCCCGAUUCGGCGGCAUUCCCGAACCCUCUGGAUCUGGUGAUUCCGACCUGGGAGACUCUGGGGCGUCUGGUCGCAGUGACGCUCGCGCUGGUCCAUUCGGACGACGCCGCCCGCAAGGCGUUCGCGGAUCUGCUCGAGCACCCGACUCGCGCGCAGUUCUGCGCGCCGUGGUGCGGAGGGAUGGCUCCAAGUGUGGAGAACUACUCCACCGAGGUGCUCAGGCUGUACCCUCCGGUGCGGCGCAUCACGCGCGUCGUGCCAUGCCCCUCGUCUUUGGGCCUCUUCUUACCUGCGCGGUUGAAGUGUCUUCUUGCAUCCUCCGCGCGGGCGGUCGCCGAUAUCGAACGCGCCCAUCGUUCGGCGGAAUUGUUUCCGGAUAACCCUGAUUCCUUCGACCCCUCGCGUUUCUUGCAUCAUCCAGAACGGGCCCAAGAGCUUUUGUCAUUUGGUUGCAGGCCAAUGAAAUGUGUCGGGGCGAAAUGGGCGCCUAUGGCUUCUGCAAUCUUGACUGCUGCUAUUCUUAGCGAGAUCGAUGGGGCUACAUUCCGCGUUGUUGAGGGACCGAAGAUCGGAGGCCGAACAGGAUGGGACAGGUGGAUGAUUCAAGCAGCACACAUGGGUACAGCGAAAUGAACGGUAGGUCAAGCCACAGCGCUGAGCAGUCAGAUGUGAACAUGAAAGAAAGUCACGUGACUGUGUUCAACUGUACAACAUGCUUGUAAA